GAUUAGUCCUUGGAAAGUGGAAGAUUUCUACACAGAAGAAGACGUCUAGAGAUUGGAAUGAUCAAUAUCUUGUCACUCUCUCUCUAAUCCAUUUUACAAAAACAAUAAGUAAAGUAACAAUUUUUUCAUCAUCAAUUUCAUCAUCAUCAUCAUCACCAUCACCAUCAAUAUCAUCAUCAUCUUCAACCAGAACCAAAAUCCAAGCCAGUGGAAAGGAAUUUCCUAAGAACGUUGGAUCUUUAGUUUGCAUUUUUGGUUUUCUUAGGGUAAGGGUUGGGAAUUCUAAUUUGUUUGAGGGAGAAUAAGGAGGUGAUGGCGAUGGUGAUGCAUGGGGAGUAGGACAGUGAGGCCUGGAGCUGAAGAUGAGAAAGAAGCAGCAAACGGAAUGCCGAGCUUUGACUCUCAGUUGCCCAUUUCCAACACACUUUGUACAGAGGGUAGCACAAUCCAGACUUAUCGUGUUUGUGAUUUUGGGGCAUUUGAGCAUUCUGCCGGAUUUCCCUUAGAGGAUGCUGUCAACCUAAGUGGAAACACUGUGAUUAAUUCAACCAAAGCAGGCGACCAAGCAGUUGUUUCCAAUCCCCUCCAAAUUGGCACUUUUGAUAAGACACCAACUUCAUUUAACAUAAAUCCGUCUACCAUCCAAGUGGAGAACCAGAGGCUGCUGUUGGAAAAGGGUCAACAAUUGAAUCUGGUUUCUAUUUCUAGUGGUAAUACAGAAAACUGGGGAGAAUCUAAUAUGGCUGAUGCUAGUCCCAGGACUGAUAUCUCGACUGAUGCAGACACAGAUGAAAAAAAUCAAAUGUUUGAUAGAGGUCUAUCUACAGCUCUCGUGGCCUCUGAUUCUAGUGACAGAUCAAAAGACAAAAUGGAUCAGAAGACUCUUCGUAGGCUUGCUCAAAAUCGUGAGGCUGCAAGAAAAAGCCGAUUGAGGAAGAAAGCAUAUGUCCAACAGUUGGAAAGUAGCCGUUUGAAGCUGACCCAACUUGAGCAGGAGCUUCAACGAGCACGGCAGCAGGGAAUCUUCAUAUCAAGCUCAGGAGAUCAAGCUCAUUCGAUGAGUGGAAAUGGGGCCAUGGCAUUUGAUGUAGAAUAUGCACGAUGGCUUGAAGAGCAUAACAAACAAAUCAAUGAGCUUAGAUCAGCAGUUAAUUCUCAUGCAAGUGACACGGAACUACGUAUUAUCGUUGAUGGUAUAAUGGCUCACUAUGAUGAAAUUUUUAGGCUGAAGUCCAAUGCUGCCAAAGCUGAUGUUUUCCAUUUGUUAUCGGGCAUGUGGAAAACACCCGCUGAGAGGUGUUUCUUGUGGCUCGGUGGUUUCCGUUCGUCUGAGCUUCUCAAGCUUCUUGUGAAUCAAUUGGAGCCUUUAACAGAGCAGCAGCUUGUCGGCAUUGGGAACUUGCAGCAAUCCUCCCAGCAGGCAGAGGAUGCAUUGUCUCAAGGGAUGGAGGCAUUGCAACAGUCCCUCGCUGAGACACUUUCCAGUGGAUCUCUUGGUUCCUCAGGUUCAUCUGGGAAUGUGGCAAACUACAUGGGGCAAAUGGCCAUGGCCAUGGGAAAGCUAGGGACUUUGGAGGGGUUCAUUCGUCAGGCUGACAAUUUACGGCAGCAAACAUUACAACAAAUGCAUCGAAUAUUAACAACGCGCCAGUCAGCUCGUGCCCUACUGGCAAUACAUGAUUAUUUCUCUCGACUUCGUGCUCUUAGUUCCCUCUGGCUUGCCCGCCCAAGAGAGUGAAGACACAAUGUAAUUUAUGGGCAGUGCAUGAAAAUCUGAAUGAUAAUCCUGACAAAGAUGCUUGUUCUUUGGUCUUUUCAAAAGUUUUUUCUUCUUUGUCUAGAUUUUCUUGUGUUCUAGAUUUGAUGUUUAAUAUGUGUAUUAGUCUUUGUAUGUUCGUCGAGACUGAUGAUAGAACUUGUGUGAAGUGAGUAUGUAUUUCUGUUUAUUGUUUUUGAUAUAAUCAGCACUCUUAGUAAGUGUUAUUCUAGCAUCUGUUCUCAUUGUAACUAACAUUUUCUGAAAUGAAUUUAAAUGAUUGGAGAAGCUUA